AUGAUAAAAUCAUCGAGUAUCAAAUUUUCCCUUGCCUUCUUGUUGUCUGCUCUUUUGGUCUUGUGUGUUUCUUCGCUCGUAGUUUUGGCUCAAGAUGAUACCACCACCACCACAACAACAACAUCAUCAACUGAACCAACCACUAGUACUACUCAGCAACAACAUAAUGUAAGACUUCUUUUACAUAAGAGCGUUUCUCCUGCCGAAGCCAUCAUCAAUACCAACAUGACCUUCACGAUCACUCUCUUCAAUUUGGGUGAAGAACCAGCCUAUGAUGUAGAAGUAAAAGACAAUGAAUGGCCAGAAAGCUCGUUUGAUUUGAUUGAAGGAGAAUCAAAGGCUACAUUUGCCAAGAUUGGCAGCAACGAGAAGGUUUCCUUCACCUACACCAUUGUUCCAAAGAGUGUUGGUGAGAUCUCUACUCAACAUGCCACUGCUUCCUAUCGUUUGACACCUGAAAAGGAUGAAAAGUCCGGAUUGAAGCUUUUCGCUAAGAGUAAUAUUUUACCAUCAAUUCCAGUUCUUACUCAAGCUGAUUAUGAUAGAAAGCACGAUUCUCAUUUGGCAACAUGGGCUACCUUCUUCUUGUUGGCUCUCAUUCCAACUGCUUUGCCAUAUGCUGUUUAUAUGAAUGCUAAUAACCAAAUUCUUGAAUUGGCAGAUCAAAGCAAGAAGAAUCAAUAA